AGUGAGCGAGGAUUUAAACCGAGAGACUAAAAAGUGAAGCUACUAGUUUUCCGCAAGCUGAUUUGUCGUCUUGUGUAGCUACGACGCACAUUUUCAGACGCUAAAUGGCUCUGCGAGUAACCAGGAAUCGCCUUGCUUCAAGCAGGACUGACCUUGGGGGGAAGGCAAGUUUAGCUCCCACCAUGAAGUCUCGGACGGUUCUUUCUGACAUUAAGGACAACAUUCCCGUCACGAAAGAGGCAACAAAAAAGCUCCCCAAAGCAGAGGCCACAAAGAAAUCUAAAGUAAAUGUUAAGGCUGAAAAGCCCAUUGCGGUUGUAAAACCCGAAGAUGUGAAGCCUGAAGUAUCGCCUCAGGUACUACCUGAACCAGCAUCUCCUACUCCCAUGGAAACUUCAGGCUGUGAACCUGUUGACCUGUGUCAAGCAUUUUCAGAUGUUUUGCUCCACACCCACAUAAAGGAUGUGGAUGCAGAUGACUAUGACAAUCCAAUGCUCUGCAGUGAAUAUGUGAAGGAAAUCUACAAAUAUCUCCAGCAGCUUGAGGCUGAGCAGAACAUCAGACCAAAUUAUCUUCAGGGGCAGGAGGUGACUGGGCACAUGCGUGCAAUUCUCAUUGACUGGCUUGUGCAAGUGAACCUCAAGUUUCGCCUAUUGCAGGAAACUAUGUACAUGACAGUAGGCAUUAUUGACCGUUUUCUUCAGGACCACCCAGUCCCCAAGAAGCAGCUGCAGCUAGUUGGUGUAACUGCCAUGUUCCUUGCUUCCAAAUAUGAGGAAAUGUAUCCCCCAGAGAUUUCAGACUUUGCCUACGUUACUGACAGAGCCUACACUACUGCUCAAAUCAGAGACAUGGAAAUGUCAAUUCUUCGUGUGCUGAAGUUCAACCUUGGUCGUCCUCUUCCCCUUCACUUCCUGAGAAGGGCUUCAAAGAUUUAUGAGGUCACUGCUGAGCAACACACCCUGGCAAAAUACUUCCUGGAACUCACCAUGGUGGACUAUGACAUGGUCCAUCUGCCACCUUCCAUGGUUGCAAGUGCUGCGUUAGCACUUGCCCUCAAGGUUUUGGAAGCUGGUGAAUGGGAUGCAACGCUGCAGCACUACAUGGACUACACUGCAGAGAGUUUGAUUCCUGUGAUGGCACAAAUCGCCAAGAACAUCCUCAAAGUGGAUGAGGGCCUGACAAAGCAUAUGGCUGUUAAAUGUAAAUACUCCUCUUCAAAGCACAUGAAGAUCGCCACAAUCUCACAGCUGAAGUCUUCAGCAGUGAAGGAUCUUGCAGUGCAGGUCAAACAGUGAUGCAUGUCUCCUUUUUAUAACACUUGUAUUUUUAAAUGUGUAACUGGAGGCUCAGCAUAAUGAGGACUGAGUUGAUGGCGUCCAUAUUUUAACCUGCUGCAUUUAUGGCGAAUGAGAACAGAGGUUUGAGGAUUUUUUUUUUUAUAUAUAUAUUCACUUGACAAACUGACUUAAACACCUGUUCUUUACCACCCUUACGUGAUGUGCUUUAGGCACAAGUGGGGUGUCCAAUGUUAUUAAGCCUGACUAUUUCAAACCUUAUGUUGAGGACUUCUUUUUAAACAAGUUGUAUGACUUGAUGCAGUUGUAAAUUGGACAGAAGGCAGACUACCUUCUUAUAAGGUUUGUCAAUAAGUAGCAUCUUGUAAUAUGUACAGUGUUUUUACUGUCUUGUUUUUAAGUGUCCAUUAAAUGGCUUUUGACCAGAAA